AAGUUUGCUAAACGGGCCCUAAGGUCCAGUAAGACAUCAUAACCAUAAACCCUACCUUUACAAAUAGAGGAUCUCUACCUCUUGAUUUCAGAUUUUACCGGUCGCCGCUGCAGCUGAACGUUUCAGAGAGAGAAGCAUCUAUUCAUCAAAAUGGGUAAGGUUCACGGAUCUCUCGCUCGUGCGGGCAAAGUGAGAGGACAAACUCCUAAGGUCGCCAAGCAAGACAAGAAGAAGAAGCCACGUGGACGCGCUCACAAGCGAAUGCAAUACAAUCGCCGAUUCGUCACCGCCGUGGUGGGAUUCGGAAAGAAGCGUGGACCAAACUCGUCGGAGAAGUGAGGGGCCCGUGGAUGAUUAUGGUUUUCGUAGUUUGCAAAAUGUAUGACUUGUUUUUGUUUUUAUUUGAUUGAUGACUGAAACCUUGAUAGUUACGAUUAUGCUUCAAUGAAGAGUGUUUUUGCUAGUUAAUUUCAAUACUUAUAUUUGCCUCU